AUUCGUGCAAAAUGGCAAUGUCGCGAUCGCCGUUUUGAGGAGAAGCGGGAUUUUUCGGCGAGUGUUGUUUUCAGAAUUGUUCGACGUAACAAGUGCAAACAGAUUGACCGUUUUGCUGACAUCAUCGAUAUCGUGUUAUUUGGUGAGUUUAUUAGUCACAUCUGUCAGUGAUAUCGCACGAACGGGAGCAUCAUGUCGGACGAAAAAAAGGAGACGAAAACGGAAUCGGAGCACAUAAACCUGAAAGUUUUGGGUCAGGACAAUGCAGUAGUACAGUUUAAAAUUAAGAAACACACACCACUACGCAAAUUGAUGAACGCAUACUGCGAUCGUGUAGGUCUAGCGAUAGCAGCAGUCAGAUUUAGAUUUGAUGGACAACCCAUUAAUGAAUUAGACACACCAACAACAUUAGAGAUGGAAGAAGGAGAUACAAUAGAGGUAUAUCAACAACAAACUGGAGGUUCGUGUUGAGAUCCAAUAAAAGUGGACAAUGGACAAAAUAAAAGUUAUCGUUCCAGUGUUUACAUAUAACUCAAAAAAUAUGAUUUAUUUUUUGUUUAUUUCUACUAAGACUCCAGAAAAUCGAAGACUUUGGUCUUUUUUGUAAUGUGUGUGACAUGCUUGUUUGCUGUGUUAUCGAAGUAUAAUUUUAUCAUCUUUUCAGUGUUUAUUAAAAUUAUCAAAUUAUAAUUUAAUAAUAAUUUCUUCCUAUAUUUAAAAGUUUAUAUUCCAUCAUUCAAAGUCUUCGAUUGUCACAAUUGUUUAAGUAUGAAUAAAUUUCUAUUAACGUGACACAUCUAAAUACAAUCGUUCGCAAAUCGUAAGAGAAGAGUUUGUUUCUGCUAAAAAUAUAUGGAGCGGAAAGUACCAUAAGUUACAUAAGAAAAUAUUCACCACUUUGUCAUCAAGAAUCUCGAAAUUUCUUACACAUUUUCACACAAAUUAGCAAUGUAAUCUUUCAGAUGUCAUAAUAAAUUCUCAUUUUUAGAUA